ACUGCUCAGCCCUUGAUUUCGGAAACCAUCGUUGCCGCUUUCUCCAGUAAGGCUCUCCGUUACCGCUUGUUUUUCGACCUAUCCGGUCAGGUUAGACGUGCGCAAAUCAAAGGCUUCGUAAUUGCUUCGUUGCUUUCAAUCUAGGAAAGAAAAUAUCUCGACUAGGUCGUAAGAAAAGAACGCUAGCCAUGACCAAAAAAUCGUCUUCUAUGCACCGAGUCCCCUCGGCUGGGGCCGUCGAGCAUGGUUAUCCAAGCGGACAUCUGGGUCAUCUCACUGAGCACGAGGAGCACGCUCUGGUAGAAUUUAAAACUCUUCUAGAGGAGAAAGGGUUAUAUAAGCCGGGCAAUCCGCCAUCUCACGAUGAUCCCACGCUGCUUCGAUAUCUUCGAGCGCGGAAAUGGGUCCCUGAAGAUGCGUACGGGCAAUUCAGCGAGACGGAAAAGUUCCGUGACGCAAACCAGAUCAAUGUGCUCUACGACACCAUCGAUAUCGAGUCGUUCGAGGCUACCAGGAAACUUUAUCCUCGAUUCACCGGGCGACGUGAUAAGCGAGGCAUUCCAAUUUACGUAUUCCAAAUCCGACAUCUAGACUCCCACGCCGUAUCCAAAUAUGAGAAGUCCACCGAGACGACAUAUAGCAGAGCAAAGACGGAUGGGAAAACGCCUGCUAAGCUACUCCGACUUAUUGCGUUAUACGAAAAUCUUACAAGAUUCGUACAACCGUUGUCAUCUGAGUGCACCGACCGCCCACACCCCGAAACCCCAAUUACCCUAAGUACCAACAUUGUCGACAUUUCCCAUGUCAGUUUACGCAUGUUCUGGAACUUGAAGGCCCAUAUGCAGGCGGCGAGUCAACUUGCGACUGCACAUUACCCCGAGACUCUCGACCGCAUAUUCAUUAUUGGGGCACCGAUAUUCUUCUCAACCGUCUGGGGCUGGGUUAAGCGCUGGUUUGACCCCAUAACGGUAUCCAAGAUUUUUAUCCUUUCGGACCACGAUGUCUUACCCGUUUUAACGUCUUUCAUGGAUAUUAAAGAUAUUCCUAAGCACUAUGGCGGUGAAUUGGAGUGGGACUUUUUCGAUGAGCCUGCUUGGGGUGACGAGAUCAAACGAAUAUGCGAGUGGGAGAAUGGUUACACCGCUUUCCCCUCAGGCCCAUUGUACUGGCGUCCUAUUGACGGCGGCAAGCGAGUUGAAUGUCUUGCAGUGGGUAGUAAAGGCGAGACAGACAGGCGAGAACGCGUCUGCACCAUUACAAAAGCAUACCCUCCUAAAUCCGCCGCAGACACCCUUGCUUCCGUUGAAGUAUCACAGACCGACGCCCCAACGGAAGGUGAAGAGAGCUUCGUGUCGCCGACCUCCGAGAAGGUUGCUCUAAACGGCGAAGUUCCGACAGCGAGCAUCGCGGCUUUAUCGGUGGCCGAGUAAAACUAAUGCGAGAUGUAUAAACGACUUUGUCGAGAUCGAGAUCGAGAUCGGACUUGGAAUACCCAUUGCGAAUUUUGGAGUAGAAUCGCUGAAGAUAUAGACAUAAGUUAUGUACAUGAUACACAUGGAGGGAUAUUACGCCGGCCAUACGAGCGUUUCAAGGUUUAUUUUAAUUUCUAUAAGAUCUUCCUAUUAGGGUAUAUUGGGGCAUUUUUACGGAACCAUGGUGUGCUGCUCUAUUUUGGAGGAUUUGGCACGAAUAGGAUAGAUAGGUGU